AUGCACACGAGCAGUCGUAUUAUCAUAGUCGGGGCGGGCGUGUUUGGCCUGUCGGCAGCACUUGAACUGACCCGCAAAGGGUACAAGAACAUCGCGAUUCUGGAUCGUCAUGUACCUCCAGUCCCCGAUGGCUCCAGUGUAGACAUCUCCCGGGUAAUACGAUUCGAUUACAGAGAUGCAGUUUAUGCCAAGAUCGCGAAGGAAGCGUACGAUGUCUGGCAUUCUGCUCCGGAGUUCCAGGGCAUAUUCUUUCCUAGUGCAAACGCAUUUAUCGCUAGCAAAGCGUACGGAAGAUCCCACGUCGACAAAUGUAAAGAUGUACUCGACAGUUUAGGUCUCCCUUGGGAACAAUUGCCGGACCAGGAAACCAUCAAAAAUAUGUUUCCGAUGCUGUACGGUGACAAACUUCAGUCAGAGUUGUACGGGUAUUGCAAUCGAAGUUCAGGAUGGGCUGAUGCUCAAAAAGCGAUUGCAUUUCUACGUGAUCAAUGCAUUGCGGGCGGAGUAUCUUUCAUAUGCGGCACACAAGGUACCGUUGUAGCUUUUCAAAAAGACAAAAUGACUGACAAAAUCCUUGCGGCAAAAACGGCGAGCGGACAUGAUGUACAAGGAGAUUACUUCAUCCUCUCUGCCGGUGCUUGGUCAUCAAAGCUGGCUCCUAUGUACAACUCGACAAUUGCUACUGCACAAGUACUAGCUUUUAUCAAGCUGACUGCUGCAGAGGUAACGGCCCUCAAGAGCCUGCCCCUAUAUAUCGAUUACGAUUCUGGCUGGUUCUCCUUUCCACCCCACGAAGAGACCGGGUUGUUGAAGAUCGCAGUACAUGGCUGGGGUUACACAAGAACGACAGACAAAGACGACCUUUCCUUACCUCCAACAACAGUUCGAAGCAGACGUACAAACUUCGCCCCAAAUGAUGGCAUUGCUAGGUUACGCGCUGGUCUUCAAAUAACUCUACCUGCGUUGGCAAAUCGAAAAUUCGAGCGUGUAGCUGUCUGCUGGUACAACGACACUCCAUCAGGCGACUUUAUCAUCGACUACCAUCCGGACCACUCGAACCUAUUCCUUGCCACAGCCGGCAGUGGCCAUGCGUUCAAGUUCCUACCCGUGCUUGGUAAAUAUAUAGUGCAAGGAUUUGAAAACUCUCUGCCGCGCGAUCUCGCUCAAAAAUGGCGCUUCAGAACUGAAUACAAAAACAAGGAGGACACCUUCCAUGGCGAUGGAAGUCGCGGUGGUCCGGCAAGGCGAGAGUUCACGACGCUAGAGAAGUCGCAACUGUGA